AAAGCACUUAAGUACAGCGUGCAACAGUUUGGAAAGUGGCUACCAGAAAUUAACUCAUUGAAUUAUAAAGUGGUAUACAACCUUCUGGGCUAGAUUACGGGCGCCAGUAUUACGUCAAGAAGUGAGCGCAUUGCUGUGAACUGGAUCAUACUAUGCAUUAAUAGGAGAGUUGUAGAUUUGGUUAUAACAGUCGUUUGAAAGAAUUCAGUUGAUUGAAAUAGCUCUUUUAUAUUUAUAUCUAAGGAUGAUGCUCAUAAACCAUCCUUGGAUAUCGCUAGCCCAUAACAUAAAGUGUAACGUGCUAAUAGGAAAAUAUAAGUUAAAAGAUGUAUCUGGAUAAUGACUUUAUUAGUAUUGAAUCAUAUUAUCAUCAUGCAUCAUAUUUUGAACACCUCAUCUUUCUCGUUAUUCUUUAGAUAUUUCUAAAAGAAGUUUGAAGAGAAAAACUUCUCAAUUAAUAACUGUACAGAGCUGUUCAUGUUCCAUCACGAAUGGCAUUUGAAUAAGAAAUAUUAGAACUGUGUCAUCACUACUGUUCGGUGUUUCGAUCAAUAUUUCCAAUCCAUAUUCAAAUGGUCCUACUUUCUCCGACGGGGCGACAUUAAAUUCAAACGAUUUUGCACAAGGGAAACGUCAUUGAUUGAAUCUAUUGCGGCAGCAUGUUCUUGCCAACUACAGUUUAGAACAAACUCGACCGUCUGGUGUGGUGCACUUCUCUGUUCAGUCGGUAACCGGCGUAGUGUCUGGGAGUCGCGGCUGUUGUCGAAAUUUCCGACUGUACAUUGAAAUUUGGAUUUUCGUUAGAGCUAAUCAGCCAUCAGGUUUUAUAAACUCAGAUCCACUCAUUGGAAGAAUCGUUAGUCGUUAGGCUAUCCUGCUUGGAGGACCAGCUUCGAUCCGGUGCGGAGUUCCUCAAAAUGGCUCUCGUGAUCGACAGGAUGUUUGACGAGUACCAGCAGUACAUGGACGAUCACCGAGACCGGAGGAGUUUGAACUUCCCACUGGUCAACACGAUAUGGCCUGUGGUGACGAUCAUUGCCACCUAUCUGUAUGUAGUUUUACGGGGUGGACCAAAGUAUAUGGAACUGCGGAAGGCAUACGAUCUGAAGGCUGUGAUCAGGAUAUACAAUAUCGUUCAAGUGAUUGCGAAUGGGGGUUAUUUCAUUGCAGUCAUGUUCUACAUGCUGCAGUGGGAAAACUUUUCCUUCAAAUGCCAACCGGUGAAUUACAGUGAAUCCAAGCAAGGAUACGAGGAGCUGUACCUAUCGUACGGAUAUUUCCUGUUGAAAGUGCUCGAUCUAGCAGAUACAGUAUUUUUCGUUCUACGUAAGAAACAAUCGCACGUGUCGUUUCUACACGUGUAUCAUCAUGCCGUUAUGGUGACGUUGAGCUUCUUGGCGGUUAUAUUUGUUCCAGGUGGACACGUCAUGAUGCUUGGAGUCUGGAACUCGCUAGUGCACGCUGUGAUGUAUUUCUACUACUAUUUGGCCUCGUACGGAAAUCAGAGCUCAUGGAAAAAAUAUUUGACGCGGUUGCAGCUGGUGCAGUUUGUUCACAUGGGCUUCCACUUUGGGCGACCGGCCCUGCUAGGGCUGAACUGUGGCUUCCCGAGAAUUUGGCACUGGGUUGGAUUCCUGCAGGCAGUGUUCAUUUUGGGAAUGUUCCUGGACUUUUAUGUGAAGGCGUAUGUGUCGAAGGGUCGGGAAGGUGCUAAGAAGAAAACAUAGUUUUACACGCCAUAGAUCUAUCUAAUUUCAAUAAAGAAAGAGAUGAAUAUACGAA